AUGGUUCUGACUGGCAGCUGCAUGUGUGGCGGUGUUCACUACACCGCUGAGGUGGAUGAGUACCUGAGUGCUCUCUGCCACUGCACGGAUUGCCAGAAGUGGACCGGAGGCGCCUUCACGUCCAACGCCAUCGUUCCCCGCACCAGCUUCAAGGUCACCAAGGGUAACUGCACCUCCUACGAUGCGACCGGCGCCAGUGGCAAGAUCAACAAGCACUUUUUCUGCCCGACCUGCGGAUCCAGCAUCUACACCGAGCUAGAAAUCAUGCCCAAGGAGACCUGCGUCAAGGCCGGUACUCUGGACAACAAGGACGCGCACCUGAAGGGCAAGAUUGACGUCGAGCUCUACGUCAAGGAUCGUCCCUCGUACCUGCCUGCUAUCCCCGGUGCGAAGCAGGAGCAGAUGCUCGGUUAA